AUGCGCCUUUCGUCUCGCUCACGUUCGUUCCUCACCACCACCACUGCUGGCAAGCCCCUUCGUUCCACUCCCUUGGCAUUGGCAUUCAUCGAAACGCGUGCGAGCACAACUAGGCAACCUCGCAAAGUCGUCGCUUCAUCCACCGCGCGUCCGCAGCCGCCUGUCGUCUACGCGCGCUUCAAGAGCACCCAUCAUCCAGCGCAUCCGACCGCGGUCCCCACAUCUCCUGUGCUUCCCAAGCCGUCUCAUAUCGCCUCGACCCUUGCUACCGAAGAAGCGCGGCCUCCGACAGCUCACCCGCAACCUCCUCCGCACCAGGGCCCACCCCGACUCGUGCGCUACGAGGCAGACAGCCACGCGCAUCCCCAGCACCCGCUCGCGCUCUACCCGUCGUCGUACUCGCACGCUUCGUAUCCAGACCCCGCGUCGUACCGUGCCCACCUCUCCAACCGACGCGCACCCGCCAGCCUCUUUGGCCUCUUCCCCAGCACCAGCAUCACGGCAGCCAGCGUCAAAGCAAGCUCCGAUCCGCACGCUUAUCCAGGUGCAGGCCCCACGAUCCAGACCAGCAUCACUACACCCACGCAAGCCACUUCGAAGCCAGUAGCCAUCGACUCCACCGCUCCAUCUGACGCCAUGACCGCCUCCGCCUCCUCCAUCGUCGACGCAACCAAGUCGGGCCAGGCCGAGCUGCACCAGCGCAAAAAGGGCGCCGCUGCACCCGCCUCCGCCACUGCCGCCGCCGUGGCAACCUCGAAGCAUUCGCACAGCCACGGCCACCACGGCCACCAUCACGGCCACGACCACGGCUCGCCAGAAGAGGCCGACAAGCUGCUCGCCGCGCUCAAGGGCAAGGGAGACCGCGGCUCCAACAUCACACUCGCGGGUCUGGUGUCCAACGUGGGGCUGUGCGGCGCCAAGGGCGUGGCGGGCGUGUAUCUCAACUCGGCCGCGCUGCUGGCGGAUGCGGCGCACUCGCUGUCCGACAUGUUUGCCGACCUGGUCACGCUCUUCUGCUGGAAGAUGUCUCAGAAGCCGCCGUCGGCGUCGCAUCCGCUCGGCUACGGCAAGUACGAGACCAUGGGGUCGCUCGGCGUGAGUCUGGUGCUCGUUGCCGGUGCGGUGGGGAUCGGAUUCCACUCGUACGGGCUGCUGCUCGAAGCGAUUCAGCCUACGCUGCAGCAUGCGCCCGCGGCGAUUCAGGCGCUCAGCCACUUCACGGGCAGCAUCGCGUCGGCGGGUGGGCUGCUGCACGACCACCACGACCACGGUGCGGUGGCGCACGGCGAGGGCGGGGUGCUCGAUCCGAACGCCAUGUGGUUUGCGCUGCUCUCCAUCGCCGUCAAGGAGUGGCUCUACCACGCCACGCUCAAGAUCGCGCGCGAGGAGAACUCGUCGGUGCUGGAAGCGAAUGCGCUGCACCACCGUUCCGACUCGCUCUCGUCCGCUGUGACAUUCCUCGCGAUCGGUGGGUCGUGGCUCGGCUUCCCCGUGCUCGAUCCGCUCGGCGGUCUGCUUGUGGCCGGUCUGAUUGGCAAGCAGGGUGCGGAUCUGCUGAUUGGUGCACUCGGCGAGUUGUCCGACCGCGGCGUCGAACCCGAGAUCCUCCAGACGCUCGACCAGGCCAUCGUCGAGGUGCAAAAGCAGAACCCGCUGCUGCUCGGUUGGAAGGACCUCCGAGCCGUCAAGUCCGGAGUCAGCACGUUUGCAGACGUAACCCUCCAGCUGCCCAACGACGCCACCCUGCACACCGCGUCCCACAUCGAGGCCCAGGUGAGAGCCAAAAUCACCGCCGCCGUCAAGGGCGUAAAGGAAGUGCGCGUGCGCCUCGUCACCGUAGACGCCACCAACUAA